AUGGAAUCGCUUUCGUCAUCCCCUUCUUCUUCAGACUCAUCACCUCUUCAAGGAAUAGAAAAAUCAUCAUCGGCAUUGACGUCAUUAGAAUCCCUUUUACCCAAUGAUCCUCUCGUGAAAUAUGCACUUGGUGUCAAUAAGGAAAUUUGCAAACGAAAAGUUGAAACUACCAAACACAAAUAUCAAUCCAAAAAGAAGCAAUUAGAGCACAAAUUUCAAAAACAAUGGUGUGAAUCGAUUCGAGAAAAUAACUUGCUUCAUGUUGCAUUAUGUGCUCAAAAUGAUUCCACAAGAGAUGUCCAAAUGGAAAAUGAAAUAUUAAGACAACGUUUGACACAAUUAGAAAAUCAAAACAUCACUUUACUGAAGAAAAGUCAAGAAAUGAAAAAGGAGAAAGAGUUGGCAGAAUCGUGGUGUGAACGAUGGCAUGAUCGAAGUAGAACAUUGUCAAAAUUGAUUCUCUCUUUUAAUACACUUCUGAAUCAACAAGAUGAAUCAUGCAAGGGUAAACUUUGUAAUCUUUCAAAUGAAUUUUCAAAAUUGUUGGACGAAUCAAAAGUGAACAUCGUUGGGAGUGCACAAACUGAAAUUUCAGAUUUAAGCAACAAACAAUCGUCACAGAGCUCUCUGGCAGCUCUUCAUUUAAAGUUGUUGAAUGCAAUGCUCCAGGAUGAACAUGAAAAAUGGAUGGCUCCCUUCAAAUCCAAAAGGAAAAAACAAGAAGAAUCGGAAAUGAUUCGACAAUACAAAUCCACCAUUCAACAAUUGGAAGAUAAAAUUAAAGAGCUAGAAUCAUCGCUGCAACAAGCUCGUCUUAAGGAAAAGAAUACCUCAAAUAUACUUGCUGGAAAGGAGAGAAUGAUUUCUGAACUGAACAUGCUGCUUGAACAAUCAGAGAAAACGAGGUGGGAACGAGAGGAGUCAAUCCUUAGAUUGGAAAAUGCGAAGAGCAUGUUAUUUUCAAUAAGAAAUGGGCGAAAAUUGAAAUCACAGGGGCACUAUACGCAACCAAUCACAGAAUCUCCUUGUACAGAAAGUCCCAUUAGUGAUUCGAUCGAAAAGCCCAAAGAUAAUUCUAUUCCCUUCCCAGAGGUUCCAGAACAUCAUUAA